AGCAACAACAACAAUAACAGCAACAACAACAAUAACAGCAACAACAACAAUAACAGCAACAACAACAAUAACAGCAACAACAACAAUAACAGCAACAACAACAAUAACAGCAACAACAACAAUAACAGCAACAACAACAAUAACAGCAACAACAACAAUAACAGCAACAACAACAAUAACAGCAACAACAACAAUAACAGCAACAACAACAAUAACAGCAACAACAACAAUAACAGCAACAACAACAAUAACAGCAACAACAACAAUAACAGCAACAACAACAAUAACAGCAACAACAACAAUAACAGCAACAACAACAAUAACAGCAACAACAACAAUAACAGCAACAACAACAAUAACAGCAACAACAACAAUAACAGCAACAACAACAAUAACAGCAACAACAACAAUAACAGCAACAACAACAAUAACAGCAACAACAACAAUAACAGCAACAACAACAAUAACAGCAACAACAACAAUAACAGCAACAACAACAAUAACAGCAACAACAAC